AUGUCUCAAGAUAAUGUGGAUCUAGCAAUAGCUUCUCUGUUGAAGAUCUCAGAUCCAACAUCAAAAGAAUAUGGACAGCAUUGGUCUGCACAAAAGGUUGCUACAGCUUUUGCUCCUUCAAAACAGAGCCUAAAAACUGUCAUGGACUGGCUAAGCAAUGAGGGUAUUCUGCCUGCUCGGCUGUCGCCAUCGCACGCCAGAGGACACUUUUUGAUCCGGUCCACUUUGGGCGAAGCCGAACGGAUCUUCAAUGUUACUUGUUCCUACAACAGCCGUCAGACGGAUAUGAUAAAAUGCACAGAUUACACCAUUCCGAAAUCUUUGUCUCAUCUAGUCGACUACAUCACAAUAAGCAGUCUAAACGCGUCUCGGCCAGUUCGAACAACCAACAAUGAGAAACGAAGAGCCGCCCUUGGGACCAAUUCAAGAAACCGGAUGCAAGACAAGAUUGAGUUGUCCAAUAAUGCAUCAGUAAAUUGCAGCUUAUACACUGCUCCUUCGUGCCUGAGAGAAUUUUACAAUAUUCCCCCAAGCACAAAUAUUUCUGUCAACACGUCUAAUACUUUCGGAAUCUACGAGAUCGCUUGGAUGACCUGGCUUCCUGAAGAUCUUGAUAAGUUUUUCGGCCUGUUUCAGCCAGAUUUGGUUGGCCAGCGCCCUGUCGUUGAUCCUAUCGACGGUGGAUAUCUGCAGACAAAUUACAAUUCUACCCCAUUCAACCUAGAAGCCGAUUUGGACUUCCAAUAUGCGCUAGCUUUAACGAGUCCCAUGCCAGUAUUGGAUGUUCAAGUUGGUGAUGAGUUUGUCUCAGGAGACGUCAAUAACAUGUUGGCGGCUUUCGAUAAAUACUAUUGCGGAUCGCUAAACUCGUCCUUGGAUCCCCAGUACCCUGAUACGAAGCCAGGAGGUUACAACCACACUGAUUGCGGCAAUGUCACGCCACCAAAAGUGUUGUCAAUCUCAUAUACGAACCCUGAAGACAGCUUCCCCGCAGCCUAUUUGGAACGGCAGUGCAUCGAAUUCCUCAAACUGGGGCUGAUGGGCGUCACCGUUGUCGUGAGCAGUGGUGAUUACGGAACAGCAAGUGGCUAUUCACCUGGAACCUGUAUUGACAGAAAAACGGGCGUCUCUAACGCCACGACUGGUGACUUCAGCCCCCAAUGGCCUGCAAGCUGCCCUUGGAUCACUUCAGUAGGCGGAACUCAGCGUGUCACUCUGUCUGCAAGCGCAAAUGAUUCCAUCACCGGAACUACAGACAUGAAAAGAAACUCACGACUGGCGACUGCAGAGACUGCUUUCAGUGCCGUUCUACCAGGAGUGCAUUCCACAUCGGGUGGAGGUUUCAGUAACGUAUUUCCAGCACCAUCUUAUCAACAGAAGGCAAUUUCCACGUACUUCGAUCAGCGCCACGAGGGUGCACACCUAACUUCCCUUCAAAAGAAUGGCUUCUUCAAUGCCACAAGAAUUGGUCGGGGAUUCCCAGACGUCUCUACCCUCGCAUCCACAUAUCUAGUCUAUAUCGAAGGCGUGCUCGAGACAGUUUACGGAACCUCAGCUUCGGCUCCCGUUUUUGCCUCUAUCAUAGCCCUCAUCAACAACGAGAGACUGAACGCGGGUAAGCCUACAGUGGGUUUCGUGAAUCCAGUUUUGUAUGCUCACCCUGAGGCGCUGAACGAUAUUACAACGGGCGCGAAUCUGGGGUGUGGCGCCGAUCCUGCUUUUAGGGCUACUGAAGGUUGGGACGCUGUGACAGGUCUUGGUAGUCCGGACUUUGCGAGAUUAAAGAACGUUUUUAUGAAUAUCUAA